UGUUAACCACAAAUUCUCCGGACUCUGCGGUUUCCGUUACAAAAGCAUACGUGGCCCUCUGUCCGCUCUCUUCCUUCCUAUUUAACGGGUUUGCCCCUUCUGCUCUUUCCUCCGGUUCCUACAGUUACACACACUCUCCGUCUAUCUCUCUCUCUCCUCUUCUUCCCAACAUAAAACAUACUCAAGAAGUUCUCUCUCUCUUGGAAUCUGAAUUUUCCGGCGACCACCACUUCGUCUCCGAUAAGUAGUCGAUUGGUUUUCCGGUUACCCGAUAAAGUUUUUUUUUUUUUUGGAACUUUUAUUGAACCGGAAGCAGGAUUGUUUUCGGGAAGGGUUUGUGAAAUCAUUUGUUUGGUUUUCUCGAAAUUGUCCGAUUGAACUUUGUGUUUCGAACUGUGAAGGUUGUAAUCCGAGGCUGUAAUUUGAGCUUGGUUAUGGUUAGCUUCUUUCUUAAACUAGCGAAAAGCUUUCGUAGAAGUUGAAGUGAUAAUCGGAAUUGAAACUUUGUUUUUGGUUAAAGUUCUGGAAGGUUUGGUACUGGCUCUGGAACUUUCUAUGCGAAGCUAGGGUUUUUGGUUCGCGGGUUUACAGCUUCUUUCCUAGAGCUUCUCUUGGUUCGUUUACUUGUACGGAAGUGUAUUUCCGGAGCAUUUGGAAUACUUUCAUUUGAAUUUUCGCUUGGAAGCUAGGGUUUUUUCAUUUGAAAUUCCUGUAAAGACGAACAAAAUCGGAAGUUGUUGCGACUUGAAACGAAAAGGGUUUGGCUUGUCGUUGGUGAUGUUGAUAGUUCUUUGCUUUUCCGUGUUUGACGAUUUGAAAUGUGCUGUUUCUGUUCAAGAAUUGAACAUUGAUUGUUUUGGAAAUCAUUGAGUUUUGGUAGUUCGGAAAGCUUAAAAGAAAAAUUAUCUGUACUAUGGACAUCGAUUCUAUGGGCGAUAGUACUUGUUUGGAUCCUGAUUUGUUGCAUCUUCCAGAGUUGUCUCCGUUUGCGCUAAAACCGAGCCCUCAAAUUGCUGACAAUUUGUUUUCUCAGUGGCUUUCCCUUCCCGAAACUGGGCGGCUGGUGAAAUCUUUGAUUGAUGAGGCAAAGGCUGGCACUCCUUUCAAUGCCCUCUCGAAUACGAUUAGCCCGAAUUCCGCCGGUGGCAACACCUUGCCAUCGGUGUUUCCUGCCGGCAGCACCCCGCCACUUUCUCCUAGAAGUUCUUCUGGUUCUCCGCGCUUUUCAAAGCAGCGAAGCAGUCCUCCUCUUGGCUCUCCGCUAAAGUUGGUCCCUGAACCAGCGCGAGAAGUCAUUCCUCAGUUCUAUUUCCAGAAUGGUCGGCCUCCACCGAAGGGACUAAAGGAACAGUGUUUUUCUAGGGUGGACGAAUUUUUCUUGAAACAUAAUGACGGAUUGCGAAUGCAUGAGUUUAAGCCAAUUACGAAGGAAAUAUGCAAACUUCCAACACUUUUCUCCUCUGCGCUUUUCAGGAAGAUCGAUACUGAAUGCUCCGGGAUGGUGACCAGGGAUGCUUUCAUUAAAUACUUGGUUGAUGGCAAUAUGCUGAUUAUGGAUACAGAGACUAAGAUAUUUAAACUUUUGAAGCAGCCAAACUGCAAUUAUCUUUCUCAGGUAGACUUCAAACCUGUUAUUCAAGAGCUUUUGGCAACCCAUCUGGGGCUGGAAUUCUUAAAGGGCACACCUGAAUUUCAAGAAAGAUAUGCUGAGACUGUCAUAUAUAGGAUAUUUUACUACGUAAAUCGAUCAGCAAAUGGCCGUCUUACCCUUAGAGAGCUGAAGCGAGGAAAUUUGAUAGCUGCAAUGCAACGUGUGGAUGAGGAAGACGAUAUUAACAAAGUUCUGAGAUACUUUUCUUAUGAACAUUUUUACGUUAUAUACUGUAAAUUCUGGGAGCUGGACGCAGACCAUGAUUUCUUGAUUGACAAAGAGAACCUCAUCAAAUAUGGUAAUCAUGCCCUUACCUACAGGAUCAUUGAUAGAAUAUUUUCACAGGCCCCACGGAAGUUUAGUAGCAAGAUUGAGGGGAAGAUGGGUUACGAAGAUUUUGUAUACUUUAUACUAUCAGAGGAGGAUAAGUCAACUGAGCCUAGCCUCGAGUAUUGGUUCAAGUGCAUAGAUCUGGAUGAGAAUGGAGUCCUGACAUCCAAUGAAAUGCAGUACUUUUAUGAGGAGCAGCUGCACCGUAUGGAAUGCAUGGGCCAAGAACCUGUUUUGUUCGAGGAUAUUCGAUGUCAAAUAGUUGAUAUGAUUGCACCGGAGAGGGAAGACUCUAUUACGCUACAUGACUUGAAACAGAGCAAACUUUCAGGAAACGUCUUCAAUAUCCUUUUCAAUCUUAACAAGUUUAUAUCUUUUGAAUGCCGUGAUCAAUCUCUCAUUCGACAGGAACGUGAUGAUCCCUCCUUGACAGAGUGGGACCGCUUUGCACAUAGAGAAUAUCUCAGGCUCUCUAUGGAAGAAGAUGGUGAAGAUGCCUCCAAUGGAAGUAUAGAAGUUUGGGAUGAAUCUUUUGAGGCUCCAUUUUAGUUCAAGGAGAUUCCUGUAGGAUGGAUACCUUGAUGCUUCACAGAAGUUGUUCAUUUAAUGAAGAAACGCUGUCGCUUGGAAAUUCUCCAUGGAAGUCAUGAGGGAUGGUAGCUCUUGCUGCUCACCUUUGUUGGACAAUAUGCGGGCUUGGGUGAAAACGGGAGGAGUCGGGCUGAACUGCACAGAGGUAGAGGCAAAAACUGAAGAGCAGCUCUAUCGUUGGCUUGGUUCCUCCAUUUUUUCUCUAGGAAGAAAUUAAUAAGUUCUUACAGGUGAGUGCGGCUUGGAUCGUAGUAGUUGGAAGCUCUAUGUUGGCCUCAUCCUCUUAUCUUUCUAUGUUCUUUUAUUGGAUUUAUGGUUUUGGAAAACUGAAAAAGAAUUGAGGUCGCCAAAGAAUAUGAACUGUGAUGUACACAAUAGAGCAUCCUGGUUUUGAAGGAUUCUGGAAUCGGCUUUUGUAUCAGAGUGUGCGCGAGUAAUUCACUAGUCCUCGUCUUUUGCAUAUAAAUAAGCAAAAACAAGGUGUCAUUAGUGGUUGUUUGUUUUCGGUCUUAAUAGACGAAUAGUAUUUUUGUUUAUAAAUAUGCGAAUUGACUUUUGCGUCUGAAACCAGAUCAUUGGUAUUGGUAUAAUGAUCCCAGCAAAAGGAAAAAUAAUAAUAAUAAUAAUAAAACAAGUACUUGCUCUAUCAUUGAUCUGGGAGAGAAAAAA